CUUCUUUAUGUUUUCGUUGCCAUAGGAAGUUGCUGUGCAAAGGGGCGAGCAAGAUGAAUGUGCGGAGAGGACUUACCUUCUUGAGCCGAUUGUGGCAGGGGCAACAGAAUUUCCUUGUAAAAAGUGGAGUUCCUCAUAAGCACCACCAUUUUCUUCAAAACAACCAUUUGAUAUGGUUUCAGUUUUCAGGGGCUCACACUGAUAUUCAACAGCAAAAAGAGAAUCCAUUGGUAUCCGUUUCAGAUGAGCCAGACACACUGUAUAAGAGACUGGUGGUUUUGGUUAAAGGUCAUGACAAAAUGGUGUUGGACAGUUAUGAAUACUUCAUGGUGCUUGCGGCAAAAGAACUUGGCGUCUCUAUUGAAAAAAUAGAAGUGCCUCCAAAGAAGAUGGAACGAUUCACACUUCUGAAAUCAAUACACAUUCAUAAGAAGCACAGAGUUCAGUAUGAAAUGAGGACACAUUACCGACAUAUAGAGUUAAAGCAUUUAACUGGCAGCACAGCCAAUGUUUACUUGGAGUACAUUCAGCGAAACUUACCUGAAGGGGUUGCCAUGGAAGUAAAAAAGACCAGAUUAGAAAGUCUCCCUGAACAUAUUCAGAAGCCUGUUUGGGAUACACUACCUCCAGUAGAAGAAACAACAAGUAAAUCGUAAAUGCCUUAUCUGUAUACUUCUUGCCUUUUAAGUUUUAAUUAGCUAUAACCUUGUCCUUUGGAAGGCAGGAGAGACCUGUGCUGAUUUUGAAACUGGUCUGUAACAGACUAGCUUUUAAGGACCGUUUCUUGACCAAACAGCUAUAAAUGCAUCUGUCAGAAGUUGGCUUAUCAGUUUUGAAGAAAUCAAGGAAAGCAAAAAUCUGACAAAACUGUGUAUCAUUUGCUUGAACAAUUUAAAUAAACUUACUGUUCAGUGGUUGUUAAA